GCGAAUAAUGUCAAACAUGUUUAUCAACUCCGUACAACUACUGUUGUGCGUGUUUUUUGUGCUGGCUGCUUUAAGCAAUGGAGAAACUGAAGAAUACUCGGUGGAGUAUGGACCCAAAUGUAACAUCAUUCCUCCAACGAAUGAAACUUCACAAGAUAGUUCCACUGAGAUCACAAUUAAAAAUGAAAAGAACUGUACUUAUGAAGAGGACCGUCUUGAAAAGAAGCGUUUAUUGAUGAUCUUUGGACUCAAACGAUAUUUGCUAAAGAACGAGUGCAAUGCUCUCUCUAUUGAAGGAAUUCAAUGCCCGUUCGACUGCAAAAAGUUAUCUUAUCGCAAAUUAUUUGUCAAACGGGGUCAGCCAAUCAAGACUUGUCACGAUAAGAAAGACUUUGCCUGUUGUAUUGCCGUCUGUGUCGCGUACCGUGAUUGUCGCAACACAGUAUUGGAAGCUGAAUGUUACAAGCGAGCAUUUAAACAAUUAUGUGAUUGUUUAAAGCAAUAAUCGCGUAAUCAUUGACUUUACCUUUAAUCUCAACAUUAAUUAUGUAUGACUUUGUUUUUUUAAAUUAACCAAUACGAGUAACAUUUAAAACAUUUUAGGGUGACUUUUUAGAACUAUUAAGCCGGUUCUCCAAUAGGCAGAAUUUUUCGAUCGAACGAAGUUUUCGUCGACAGCAGCAGAUUCGCUUAACCGGUCACAAUUGAAAAGAAAAUCGAGCAAAAAAUUUUGUUCGAUCGAAAAAUUUCCCCUUGUGAAAAAUUGCCUUUAGUAUU